UGUUUUUGUUUAUCGUAUCGAGGGACAUUACAAGAUGGCUACCGCGCACAUGUAAAAUGUAAACAUGGACAGAAAACCCGGACAUUUGACCAAAAAUGCUCAAGAUGCUGUGAAUUCUUUGAUGUGGAUUAAGGUUGUUGGGAUUGGCAAUGGAUGUGUUGGGAAAACCUGUCUAAUCAAACACUUUUGUGAAAGCAAAUUUAGUGGAGGGUAUCAGCCUACUGUUGGUGUAGAUUAUGGUUUUAAAAUCCAGCACGUGGAGGGAAUUGAUUUGAGAGUUCAUCUCUGGGACCUGUCUGGAAGCCCAGAGUACAUCGACGUCAGAAAUGAACUUUACAUCAACACGGACGCCAUUUUCCUAGUUUUUGACGUCACCAAUUUGUCGACGUUUGAAAACAUGGAAAAUUGGUUGAAAGAGGUCCAGAAAUAUUCAUCUGGCAACCCGGAUCUAAUAGUGGUGGCCAAUAAGAUUGACCUAAAAGCAAAGAGAGUAGUAAAGUCAGAAGACUCCAAAAAAUGGGCACAGCAAAACAACGCAAAAUAUUACGAAACAUCCGCAGCCACCGGGGAGGGUGUAGACAGGUUGUUCCACGAUAUUCUGACUGGAUUGAUUGAACGAAAGAAACUGUGGAAAGUCAAAUCAGCCAAUCCUAGCAUUUGAUGCAUAAAAAUCUCUGUGUUACGAAGGAAGACUAAUUCAUUGGAGAGGAUGCGACAUUCCCGGAGAUUCAGCAUUUGGGAACUGGAAACGUGUGUCUUUGUCCUGUAGAAAUUUGUCACGUGAUAUCGGUUCUCCGUGUUUAAGGAUAGUGUGUUCUUUUGAUAAUCAUGUUUACAAUAUUGUAUUGUAUAUGUGCAAUUCAAAACAAUGCCAACAAUCAGAGCUUGAAAAAAAACCCCAAUGUAAUUAAUAUGUUCAUUGUGUUUUUGGUGAUACUAACAAUUCUUUGCUUGCCAUGUAUACAUUUAGGUGUAUAAGAUUAAAUUCAAAAUUAGCUGUU